AAUUUAAUAAACCAACCAAAAACCUUUUCCAUUUGAGGUUUCCAAACCAACUCUCUCUUCCCUUUUGGAUUGUCCACCUGGAAUCAAGAAUCUCAUUCCCUUCUCUCUUUUGCACAUCACCAUCCACCAUGACAUAAGACAAAUAUUAGUGGCAGUGUUCAUAAAGAAAGCUUCUUGGCCUACAGUUUUGUUCAUACCUUUACCAACUGUUUCAUCAGCCCAAGAGAGACAAGCAAAUCCUCAACUGAUAUAUAAUCAAACCGUAAGCAAGAUCAAAUUGUUGCCGCCCUUUUGAUCGUUAUUGAUUUGGGUAACGCUCCCUUCAAUAUAUAAUGGAGGAUGAUGAAGAAGAGGACUCGUGAUCAUUCGUUGUGGGUUAAUGAGUUUAGUUUCCAUUAGAGGUCUUCAAUGAUAAUGGCGGUAAAGAGCAGCGAUAUAAAGCCUCUUCUACUGAAAUUUGGGGUGGCCUUGGCUCUGUCUUUUGCUGGAUUUCUCUAUUCUCGUCUCAGAACCAGAAGGAUCAAGCCCUCUCAACCUCCUCCACGCUCUUCGGAUACAGAAAAUGAAGCUGAUUUGGGAGUAAGACCUCGGCAGAAGGAUGUCCUUAAUAAUGCCAGCAGGAAAGCACACAGUUCUUCCAAGGCUAGGAUUGCAUCAGAAAAAUAUGAAGACACAUACAUGCCAAAGGUCAGUGUUGAUGAUUGCACAUCCAGUAUUUCUCCAAGCAAUAAACAUAUUAGGGUUAAAGAUAGUUUGCUGUUGCCAGAGUUCAAUGAUCUUGUGAAUGAAUUUGACUUUGCUGGCCCCAAGUCUGGAUUUUCUCCAAUGAAGAAUGUUGAAAUUCCUAUGUCAGAUGUGGAGACUCCAAGGGCAUUUAGAACUUUAGAAAAGGACGAUUAUGAGCUAGAAAUCAGACACCUCAGAGACAUGGUUAGAAAGCUUCGAGAGAGGGAGCGGCAUCUUGAGGUCCAGUUGCUAGAGUAUUAUGGCCUUAAAGAGCAGGAGACUGCUGUAAUGGAGCUCCAAAAUCGGUUGAAGAUAAGCAGUAUGGAGGCUAACCUUUUUAGUCUCAAGAUCGAGUCCUUACAGGCAGAAAACCGUAGACUAGAGGGACAAGCUUCUAAUCAUGCAAAAGUGGUGGCUGAGCUUGAGGCUACUAGGGCAAAAAUUCAGAUGCUUAAAAAGAAACUCAGAUCCGAAGCUGAACACAACAAAGAACAGAUCUUAAGUCUUAAGAAAAGAGUUGAAAAUUUGCAAGACAAUGAAGCUGCCGCCGUUAAUUUAGAGAUUCAAUUAAAGCUGAGAAGGCUAAAAGAUUUGGAGGGUGAAACAGAAGAGUUGAGAGCAUCUAAUUUGAGGUUGCAACUGCAAAAUUCUGAGUUGGCUCGGAGGUUGGAAUCCACACAAAUCCUAGCAAAUUCUAUUCUGGAAGUGCCAGAGGCAGAAGCAUUGAAAAAAGAGAGGGAGCGCUUUAGACAAGAAAAUGAAGAUUUGGCAAAGGAAAUUGAGCAACUUCGUGUUGAUCGAAGUUCUGAUGUUGAAGAAUUAGUUUACCUCAGGUGGAUAAAUGCUUGCUUACGUUAUGAGUUGCGGAAUUAUCAGCCCCCAACUGGUAAAACUGUGGCAAGGGACUUGAGUAAAUCACUAAGCCAUAAAUCUGAAGAGAAAGCCAAGCAGCUAAUACUUGAAUAUGCAAACACUGAAGGGGCAGGGGAUAAGGGGAGUCACAUUGAUUUUGAAUCUGAUAGAUGGACAUCCCCAACUUCCCUUCUUACAGACUCGGGAGAGUAUGAUGACUUUUCCGCUGAUCAUUCAUCUGCUACAAAAACUCAUACCUCAAGUAAGCAUAAGUUGUUCAGCAAGCUUAGGAGGAUUAUACGGGGUAAAGACACCCAUGAUCAACACCAUUCAGAAGAUAACUAUUCUCCAUAUGGCAGUUCAAGUAAAUCAGUAGCAGCUUAUGGUGGACCUGAGGGUCAGAGUAACAUAUUUUCAUCUCAUAGUUCUUCUCGAGCUUCUUUAGAUCUUCCCAGAUGGAGGAGUCCAAAGGAACAUGAUUCUAAGGAUACACGCAGUGUUCAGAGACAUAGUGAUGUGGGAGUUUUCCCAGGGUAUAAGAGAUUUAUCUUGGGUGGGGAAGGUUCUACUGAUUCCCCUCCAAAAGAUCAAUUUGAUCAUGACUCUGAUUCUGCAGAGAAAUCUGAGUUGGUGAAAUAUGCAGAAGCUUUGAAGACCUCUCGCACUGGGACGCCAGCUCUCAAACCCAACGUACAUAGGAAAUCAGCAUCAGCAUCUUAGUUUGAUAUGAUUUAUAGCAAUACAGGUUUGCUCACAUCAUCAUCCGUUUAUAUACACCAGUGAGUCUUAUAGUUGAGAAAUUAGCAUAUCCACCAUACCAUAAUUCACUAGAAGCUAGUUAGAAACUAAUUUUGCAACUAACAGAACUUCUCAAUUCAUGAUUGUAUGUAAUUUUAUCACACCAGAGUUUGGCUUUUAAACCAUUGUUGAACUUGUAGAAGAAUAUUUCAUAUACUGUAUUUGCAAUUAUUUUUUUUC